CCAUUUUGUUUACUUUUUUCCGUUUACACAUUAAUCUUCUAUAUGUUGAAAGUUCUUAAAAUUGAUUUCACAUACUAAUUUUUAAGUUUUAAUAAUUUUUUCGUGUUUACAAUUUUUAAUUUCCCCUAUAUUUGUUUUCAUCCAGAUCAUGUAUGAUUCAGCCUUAUUUACCAUGAAUUCUGGUUCCUCUAUUAGGAUUUUGUUUAUUUUUAAUUAUUUCUGGUUCAGCUAUUUUUUCUAACCCCUCUACUUACUUUUGAUUUGAUUGUACUCUUUUAAAAUGGAUAACUCCCUGGGAGGUGUGAUAGAUACAUUUAAUGAAACUGUAUCAUACACAUCGUUUGAUAAUAUGAUGGUUUACACAAUUAAAAAAAUACAUACAACGUCUAUUAGUACAGAAUAUCAAUCUGAUUCUGGAGACUUAUCAAAAACUCAAAGCAUUGAUGAUUUAUCGGAUAACUCUCAAAAAAGUACCUUUAGUAACUCAAUAUAUGACAAUAAUGAUGGCGAAUUUCUUAAUUUCCCUGAAAUUCUGUCAUCUCUCAAGUCGUGGUCAAGUCGUUUGGAAAGAAACACAGAAAUGUGUAACUCUCUGAAUGAAAUUUUCACAGAGCUGUGUAAAAUAGAAUAUCAGUAUGUUGAUAGCUUGAGAACUCUUAAAGAUAAAAUAGAUUUAAAAUCAACGUUAGAGUGUACAGAAGGACUCUCCACAGUGUCAGUUCUGUCAUCUUUCAAAUCUUAUGUUACUAAAAUGGCAGAGAACCAUUCUGACUUCAUGGAGUCGAUCUCAAAUGAGUGUUUUUUUGAACAAAAUAAGGAUCAAAAGAUCAAGGAUAUAGUUGGAGAAAUUGAGUCAUUGAAGAAGGAAUUGGAUAAGUAUAAAUCUGACAAACUUGUUUGUUUUUCAAAGAUGAAAGACUCGUAUUUCAGUUCUAAGAAUGCAGUUACACUCUGUUUGGAUGCGACGCACCAGGCCCCCUCCAUUAAAACAUCAGUACACAAAACAGUUAUACCAGUGAUACUAAACUUUAUCAGGGUCAAUAACAUGGUUUAUAAGUAUGAUGAAUUCAACUACUUUGUGGAAUUCAAUAAUAAAGUCCAAGCCGUAGUGAACUCGCUAAGUGAACUUGAAAAGACUAGAAGCCAUCAAGUUAAUGACAUUAUAAGCAAAUUUAUGGUUUGUGAAAUGGCAAAGUUAAGAAACCUUGAAUAUGAUCUGAACUCUCUGAUUGAAACUCUUAAUAAUUUUGAUGGCUCUAAGGAUUUAGAAAGUACUUUCUCUGGAGAAAAUUGGACUAAGAAUAUCCCCCAAAUUCAGGAUAAUUGUAAGACCAAAUACGCUGAAUUUUCCGGUAAACAAACACACAACGUUACAAGUUUUUUAUUCCCAUCAGCAAUAAUACGUCCACCGCCAUACAGAGUUAUAUCAAAAGUAGAAAAUGAUAUGCAGAGGUUCCUUGAGUCGGUUUGGAGCAGUUCUGAGCCUUUGUUACUAGAUGAGUUCAAAGAUGAGAUCCAAUCAUCUUUAGUCCGUCAAGUGUUCUGCGAUUUACUGUCAAAGAACAUUACGACUCAAUCUGAAGUAAAAUCAAAGGAUAAAUUUCAAUUUUUGGUUGAAAUGGUAAAUUCUAUUUUAUCAGUGUCUGAAAGGCAAGCAGAUUACUGGUGUGGUUACUCGAUUCUUAAAUUUUCUGAUAAAUACUACACGAAUGAUGAAGAUUCAGUUGAUGGAAAGUGCUAUUUAUGGUCAAAGAUAUGUACAAAUAACUACUGGAAGAAUAAUAUGUUUUGGGAGGAGUGUUUGACAAUUAUACUUUCCCUGGACUUGAAGGCCAUAUUUGAAACCUCAAGUUGUUUGGAAAAGACUUUAACCCGGAUAAUCUGUGUUCCUAGCACAGAGGAACCACUUGGGUUUUAUAACUGGAUGCUCAGAUACGGAUUCCCAGAUACGGGCUGUAAGAAUCUAAUACACCGAGUUUGUAUGAAGUUCAAGGUUCCUCAAUCUUACUAUAACGCUCUCAUAAAUCGACACUAACCUAUCCCAGUCAAUCACUAACCAAUAGUGAAGUAUAUUAAUCAAUAGUGAAGUAUUAUAUUAAAUAGUUGACCAAUUAGAGAGUAUAUUAAGGGCCUGUUGACCAAUUUCAACUGUAAAUUUUCUAAAAGUCGUCUAGUUAUUAGGUGAUUAGUAUUCUUCACCUUGUAACAUGACGGAGAAAAAUGUGCUCAUUAAUUCACAGAACACCAGAGCAGGUUAUCUGUCUACGGGUGAGCUACAAACUAGAAUAAAUUUUUUUAAAAAAUC